GAUUCUAGACCCGACUACAAAAUUGCGCAAAACUGGGAGUCAGAGCAUACCAAGAAACAAGUCCAUCUCUACAAUCCGACAUUCGUUGGCCAAGGUAUUGGAACUAUAAGUGGCGGGACAUCUGGAACUAUAAAUGGGCUCAUUGUUGAAUCUUCAAAGAGAGAGACUCCGGUUCCUGAAAAUCAGGACUACAAUGAAGUUCCCAAAGUUCCCAAAAGAGCAAAAAUUGAAGAUUGGUUUCGACCCUGUACUCCGCCACAUCAAAUCUAUUCGCGAAAUGCUUAUCCUCCUAGGGUCCAGGAACGCAAUAACGAUGAAUCAUAUGUUUACGAUGAGUCCUCUGAUUUGGAUAAUAGAAAAAAUCACGGAGAGGUCAAUAAUGAAAUUGACAAUAUUGCUAAUGAAGAUAUAUAUCUUUUAUCUCAAGAGUACCAAUCUCAUUUAGAAAGUAAAUCCGCAUUCGAUGUAAUUUCCUUGAGUGAUACUAUUGAGGUCGUUCUUGAAAAACCAUAUACCGGAAAAUUUAUUCAUAAAGAACAUUAUGAUCUUAUAUGGGUGCAGGAUAUUUAUAAACGAUUUCUAUUUCUUUUCGAUGCACCCACCAACUUACUAUUGGAUCCGGAUCAAUGUGAACUUUCUUAUCGAGAAAAUUUUGUAAAUCCCAUUAUUGUUAAAGUUUUUGACGACAUCAUGGAUUUAAUCAAGGUAAAAACGCAAUAUAAGCAACAGGUUAGCAUUGGAUGUUCCCAAGAUGGGAUAUAUUCAAUUAACGUAAAUGCUGUUGUUUUAGAAGUAGGAUUCUUAGAGGUUAUCGGCAAUGCCCUCUACACUGAUAUCAAAAAAUUAAACGAUGACACUGAAAAAGUGUUGAAGUGUAUGCAAAUUUGUAUUCAUUAUCAACGUCAACACUAUUUAUCACGUGGGGUUACUGAACAACAAAGUCGAAUAAUGGACUAUUAUCUAAUAGUUCAGAAGAUCGUUCCUUAUACUAAAGUUCAUGUUGGCAUAAAUGAAUCACCUGUUGAAGCAUCACCCUCCAAAGCUUCGAGGACUUACGAUGCUUCAAAAACUUCUGAUUAG